AUGGGGAGCGAGAUUGAAAAUUUGCUGCAAGAGCUACGAGAUGCGUACGCCACGAUCGAUUCGCUGCAGCGCCAACUUCACUCUCGCGAUUUAUUCGGCACAGACGAAGAAGAAAGCGACAACAGCGACGACGAACCGUGGUUUGACACGUUCGACCCCAGCGACGACGAAUCGGUCAUUGACUUGACCUACGACACCGAAUAG